AUGCUUAAUGAGACUGACUACAUUAGAUACAAGAAUUAUUAUUUAAAUGACCAGUUUUUUCUGAUGAUUUCUGCACAUAUACUGGAAUCCAGCACACUGGAACUAGAAUAUAUAAAUGAAUUCCGAAUGUAUAAUGUAACUGUUAAACACAUUAAACCUGCCAUAAAGCUUCCCAGAACUCUGCUGACACACGGUCCACAGUGGGCAACACGCAACAUCCAACAGCUGCAAACAAAACUAGAAGUCGUGUUGUGGCCACAAGAACAAAACCCCACUCUGUAUGAUACAAGCAGAUUUAGAAGAUCCUUUCAGAUUAAAAGGAGGCGGUUUCUAACUGCUGCUUCUGGAAAACAAUGA